CGGCCAGUCAGUCGCUCCGACAACCGUCCGCGCGAUGGUAGUGCGCACGCGCAUUUUAUAAAAUAUAAUAAAACAAUCUCUUAAACGAACACGCGAACGAAAUCACUAAAGAUAAAUCGUUUUUAAACUCAGACAAUAUCAGUAUUUAACCAGCUGUAAUAAUUCGGGUCUCAAGGACUUACACGGUUUUUUUCAUAUUAUUGGCCAGUAGGAUUUAUUACACGAUUAAGAAAAUAAAGAUUCAGUGAAGUGAAUACAAGAUGGUGCUGUUAAAAUUUGUGUUUUGUUUCGGCUUACUGCACAUGGUGUCUGCUAAAGGUUCAGAAUCUCGGGUGCAAUGUACUCCCGAAGUGAUGGCGGUCACCAUUCCCAUGGAUGGAGACAGGAAGAUCUCCUAUCUCGACAACCUUAAAGAUUAUAAACCAUGUCUACCAAACAUCGAGAACAAUGCUGCGACUUUCGUACUCGACCUGCAGGACCAUCAUAAAUGCGGCGUCACCCGGGUCAUCAAUCAAAUUACGGGUAGACGUACCUUCUACCACAAGAUAAUGAUAGAGCUGGGCGAUGGCGGUCGGGAGACGGUGACUGUUCGCUGCAUGGUGACCGGCAAGCCGCAUCUGCUCGCCAGGCGAGCAGUGGAGCCAUUCCCGCUUGACUUUAAUGAACCUGAUGUCCUGAAUAUCACGAGAUACGAAGAGGGCCGAGCACCAGAACCGGUGUUAGGAGCUGUUGUAAAACAGAAUGGUAAACAGGUGUCAGGCGAGAUAUCAGUUAGCCCGGGCACUCCGCUGUCGAUGGAGAUCUUCUUAGACAACUCUUCUGCUCCAGUGUACGGCUUGUUCGUUAGUUACAUGCACGUCACCGAUACUGGCAAGCAACAGGAGACUAUUGUCUUUAAUGGAUGUUCCGUUGACCCUUACUUAUUCGACAACUUCGUGACGACCGACGGCGACGUGCUCGCAGCCAAGUUCAAAGCCUUCAAGUUCCCGGACACCACUUAUGUUCAGUUCCGUGGAACUGUCACCGUCUGCUUGGACAAAUGCCAGGGGGUUCAAUGCAGUAACGGCGCAACAGGAUACGGAAGGAAGCGGCGCUCAGUUGCCUCAAGUGCUGACUCCAACAAAGUUUACGAAGUGUCUCUCACCACAUUCAUCAAAGUCGACUGGACAGAUCCCAACGCCGCUAGAGACUCAGAAUAUCUGUCGUUAUUAAAAAAUCUGAAAGUAGCAAAUCAGAAGCUCGGGGACGUGGACGGCACGCCGGCGACAGUCGCCGAGCACACGCAGGACAAUAGGCUAAUCGUUCAUACGAUGGACGAGCCCAACGCCGCCACUGUUCUCACACAGAGCUGCUUAUUGCUUCUCAUUAGCUUACUUUUAGCGUAUUAAUAUUAUUAUUAUUAUUCAUUUAUUUUAAAUAAAUGUGAACAAAAGAAAUCUCCACUAACAUAAAUAGGAAACAUUUGUAUUUUUGUAUGUAUUGAAAUAACUCAAAAAGUACUAGAGCGAUUUUAAAAUUUCUUUCAUCGUUAAAAAGAUAAUUUAUCUGUGAGUACCUUUUUUUUAAUUUCACGCAGCCGAAGUCGCGAACAACAGCUAGCUAACGAUAGAAUUACACAUUCACUUCUGUAUGUACUGCAGUAAAUACGCUUUUGUUUUUCACUUAUUCAAGUGUAUGCGAGACGAACAUAUACUAAAGAGCGAGACAUAAUUAUAAAAUUUUAGAGAUUUAUUAAUUCGAGAUUUCAUUAUUUACAUUUAUUUAUAACUGAAUGAAGAUGUACUGUUUUGUAAAAGUUGUACCGAAUUUUAAAUGAGAUAUCACAACUAAACUUUUAGAUUAGUAUAUGAGAAAAGAAAUGCUAAGAUAGAAAAAGUUAAUGUAAAAUUUAUGUACAGUCUCGGAAAUCUUCGGUGUUUCACUUUGGGAAAUUUACCUUGUUCAUUGCAACGAGACUAAGUCCACCUCUUCCUACAAAUACUUAUUAGAUAGCAGUGAGUGGUGCAAAUGACGGGAUAAUAAUAAAAAGAAAUUAACCGUGUAUUACAAAAUGACUGUUCGUAUAGACACGUUUUAAAGCUGCGUCAAAUUUUUUUAUGUUCCGCGUUGUCUCAAAAUGUUAAAACGAUUGUAGCUUUGAGUUCGAACACCGACAGUUUCCCCAAUUGUACUUUGAUUUUGAAUGUGAUAAAAAGACAAUUAUCUAUAUUUAUAGUAAAUUGAAAUUUUAAUACUUUAUUUACAUCUUUUUUCAAAAUAAUGAACAUCACAAAUAAAUGUUAACUGUUAACGAUUACACUUUACCAACUACAUUUAAAUUACUAUAAUAAUUACUUAGAUUUAAGUGAAAGUGAUUUAAUUUUAAUUUAAGUAUACCGUAAAGUUUAGUGCCUACUUAAUUAAAAUAAUAAAACUAAUGCUGACGCAUUUAAGUCCGCUAGUCUUUAAAAUAAAUGGGUUUAUACAAUAAGAAAUAUAUGCUCAUUUUUCUUCUCGAAUAUGAUACCAUUACUGUAAUUAUAUUUAAAAAAAUGAUGUAAUCUACGCAGAUAUGGUAAAUAUUUUGACUGUAAACUGUGCUCAGUGGACUGAACAAUUACAAAUAUAUGCAAAACAAUCAAUAAGAGAGGUGUUGCUACUAUAUUUGUAAGAUAUGCAAAUAUAUCAAAUUACUAUCAACUCGGACGUUUUAACACCCUCGCGUUACAUGAGUAGGUAAAUUAGCAAAAAAUAAAUUGAAUUUAUACCCAAUAAACAAUUUUUCUUCACACUAUACGAGUAUACCACAAAUUACUAAUAAAUAUAUAACAAUUUUUCUAUUUAGAAAGAUAAUUGCUACAAACCCUAGGUAAAGAUCUCGUAACAAUGUUAAGUUACUUUGAGAGACGGUCUAAGAUAACUUGACAUCCAACUAUGCUAUGACAUCGACAAAGCAAUACGAAUUUACCUCUUUAAGGCAAUCAGACAUGAAAUGGAACAAAAUCUUAAUAUACCAACAUCAUUGUUAUUAAGCGAAGAAUGCAAAGGACUGGGUAUUUAAUAGUUACUUUUAAGUUUUCCAUCUUAUGUGUUAAAUAAGCAACUAAG